AUGGGACUUGGUUUCUUCAAGGCGCUUUGUUGUAACAACUCUCAGCAUGAAAUUCCCAUUGACUCCUCGGACUUCUCUCCUGGCCGCCCUCGCAAGCAGACGUACGAGGAUCAUCUGCACGACGUCAAACCAGCACCUACUUCGCAAGCGCAGGUCGGGCCGGUGCUGGGAAGGCCCUACGUAGACGUAACGAUGAUGUACGAGCUGGAGAAGGAACUGGGGAGAGGGCAGUCCGGGGUGACUUAUCUGUGCACAGAGAAGAGGACGGGGAGAAAGUAUGCGUGCAAAGGCAUAGCGAGGGGGAAGCUGACGAGGAAGGAGGAGAUAGAGGACGUGCGGAGAGAGAUACUGACACUGCAGCAUCUGUCGGGGCAGCCAAACAUAGUGGAAUUCAGGGGCGCAUACGAGGACAGGCAGAACGUGUACUUGGUCAUGGAACUGUGCACCGGCGGGGAGCUGUUUGAUCGCAUCAUCGCCAAAGGGAAUUAUUCCGAGAAGGAAGCGGCGGCGCUGAUCCGGCAGAUCGUGACGGUGGUUCACGUGUGCCAUUUCAUGGGAGUGAUGCAUCGGGACGUGAAGCCCGAGAAUUUCUUGAUGACCAGCCAGGACGAUCACGCCCCCAUGAAGGCCACCGAUUUUGGACUCUCCGUCUUCAUCGAGCCCGGUAAAGAGUAUAAGGAAGUCGUGGGAAGUUCGUACUAUGUGGCCCCGGAAGUUCUAAGACGGAAUUAUGGAAAAGAGAUAGAUGUGUGGAGUGCAGGAGUCAUUUUAUACAUCCUCCUUAGUGGGGUGCCUCCAUUUUGGGCUGAGAACGAGAAAGGCAUAUUUGAUGCUGUUCUGGAAGGCAAACCGGAUCUUGAAAGCAAACCAUGGCCUUCUAUUUCAGCUUCUGCCAAGGAUUUGAUCAGAAAAAUGUUGGCAUAUGAUCCCAAGAAACGCAUCACAGCCGCUGAUGCCCUUGAACAUCCAUGGAUGAUGGUGGGUGGUCAAGCAUCUGACAAGCCUAUAGACAGUGCCGUUUUAAUUAGGAUGAAACAGUUCAGAGCAAUGAACAAAAUGAAGAAACUUGCCCUGAAGGUAAUAGCACAAAACCUAUCAGAGGAAGAAAUCAAGGGCUUGAAACAAAUGUUCCGCAAUAUGGAUACAGAUAACAGUGGCACGAUCACACUUGAAGAACUCAGAGCUGGAUUGUCCAAAUUGGGAUCCAAACUUAACGAAUCUGAAAUACGGCAGCUGAUGGAUGCUGCUGAUGUUGACAAGAAUGGAACUAUUGAUUAUUAUGAAUUCAUAACUGCCACCAUGCAUCGGCACAGACUUGAGAAGGAAGAGAACUUGUUCAAGGCUUUCCAAUACUUCGACAAGGAUAACAGUGGAUAUAUCACGAGAGAGGAGCUUAGGCAGGCAUUGACUGAAUACGGAAUGGGGGAUGAAGCCACGAUAGAUGAAGUGAUCGACGAUGUGGACACUGAUAAAGAUGGCAGGAUCAAUUACGAGGAGUUUGUGGCUAUGAUGAAGAACGCGGGAUGAGACGAGUGUGUGAGAAUGAAAUAAUGUAUCCAACGUGAUAAUAAGCCAAAGGCAUUAUGGAUUUUGAUUGCUAUGUGCUGCCAUUUCCACUCUCAAUUGCUUCUAUCACUAUUCUCUCGUGCUUUGAAUAAACUUAACGGCGUCACUGCUUUCUUGUAUGCUUAGCAAUUUGUUACGCUGCCAAUUUAUAUUUAUCUCUCUGUUUAAUAUCCACCCCCUGCAUUAAUGGGACACAUUCACUUAACAUUAGUUAUUGGUAAAUAAGCCUGAUUUCCCUCUA